AUGGCAGCUCCACCGCCAGACGCUCCCCCUCCAGAGACACCACCAUUAUUACCUAUCCCCUUUCUCGAUUAUCGUUGGGUCCACGCCGGCGCACAGCAUCUCGACCUUCUACCUACACCUAUCACCUCUGCGUCCACCACCUACAAAUCAUUCUCGCAGAGCGAGUCACUCAGGAUAGAAGAACGAUGGAUCCAGCUGUCUGACGAUGAGAGACGAAAGGUAAUAAGGGAAUGGGGAAGUAUGGAAGGUGAAGGUGCUCCAGCUCGAACUAAGAAGAAGGAAAAGGAAAAGGACAAAGCAAGGAGGGAGAGCGUCACCAGCGUACAUUCUGUUGGUUCGACAAGUUCACAUCCAUUGGAUGAUAAAGUGAAAGAGAAAGAAAAGAAGAGUAACGGAGACGUACCUGAUAAAGAACAUAUAAGAUCAGGUGAAGAACAGAGUAGAGCGGAAGAAGAAUAUUCAGAUAGUACGGAUCAGAAGUAUAAGGAGGUCAUUAGUAAAGUGCAGAGGGAAUAUGAUGAUUAUGAAGUGAUUCGAGGAGUACCUGUCAGCCAGGACUCGCUCUUCGAGGUAUCGUUACCGACUUUAUCGUUACAUCCUGUCUUUUGGGCUCAUACGGGGUCAAGGGUACCUGUUUUAAGAGGUACAUGGUUUGUCGAGAAUGAAACACGGCCUUGCUCCUGGGAGCUGGCAGAGGAGAUUGAAAGAGCAUACCUGGAAAUUCAACCUUGGCAACCAUCAUACAAGCAUGAACUGGCUACUGCUUUAUCUCUAGGCACAGCCGGAGAAGAAAAGCUCAAAUACACUCUUCCUUCCAAAUUCGGUCACGGGUUAGGUAUAAUUUUCGAAGAUGGGGAAAAGGGUCGACUGAUAACUACGGGCGCCUUGACUUAUCUUACUCGUGCAUUCUGGGCAUCGCUCAGAGCUAAACCAUCUGGUACCUAUGUAUACCGGGGUUUUGGUCCGGCGGCAGCAGCAUCUGGUAAAGAUAAAGAUAAAAUGGAAACUUCUCCCGGAAGAAGUCGACCUCAUUCUCGUCGGGGUAGCAAUAGUAGUCAGCGGUCUGGAAUAAUGGAAAAAUCACCUUCCAUGCAUCAUCGAGCUUUGUCCAAAGAUAAAUCACACAGAGAUCAUCUUGGUGAUAGGGACGAAACUGUCGUGGGUGCUGCAGUCAAAGGUCUAGGUCUCAGUGCUGGUGAAACCCUCAGUGGAGUUAAGAAGAGCUUGGACGAUUUGAAGGAUGACGAAAGACGGAAGCGUCCAGUAGGGCUGUCUGCGGAUACUAGAGAUGCGUUGGAAGAGGAGAAUGCGCCCUUGGUCGAUGCAGAAGAAGAUGAUGCUCCUUGUACCGAUCUAAUUUUGGUCAUACAUGGUAUUGGUCAACAGCUUGCUACACAGUAUGAGGCGUAUAACUUCGUAUAUGCUGGAAAUCAACUACGUCAAGUCUUGAGGAAACAAUCAUCGAAUCCCGCUCUUGCAUCGAUAAUUCGAGAUCGUCGAUGUCAAAUCCUACCCGUGCAAUGGCGUACAUCGAUCGAUCUCGAUGACGAGAAGACCGAUGAGGACAGAGAGCAUGGCAUGGACAAUCGUUUCACCAUAGCAGAUAUAACGAUGAACAAGUCUAUACCAUAUGUGCGAGAAUUGACAAAUGCUGUGCUUCUCGAUAUUCCUCUCUACAUGUCGCACCAUAGACAGAAGAUGAUUGAAGCAGUAUGCCUCCAGGCCAACAAAUUAUAUCGACUAUGGAUCGCUCGAAAUCCUGAGUUCGAAAAGUAUGGGAAAGUUCACAUCAUAGGUCAUUCGCUCGGGUCUGCCUUGGCUUCACAAAUCCUGUCUAAUCAACCUACAAAGAUGCCAACUUUAACUCAGCUCCCGAAACAAGUGAUUACUCAAACUCGAGAUCGAUUCCUGUUCAACACGAGCAAUCUUUUCCUAUGCGGGAGCCCUUUGGGAAUCUUCUUGCAUUUAGAGCAAGCUCAAUUGAUGCCUAGAAAGGGUAGAGAGAGGACAAUGCACUCACCUCAAGAUGAAGCUCUGGACCGAGCGGGGAAGUAUGGAUGCUUGGCGAUCGACUCAUUGUACAACAUAUUUUACUACACCGACCCUGUAGCUUAUCAACUCAAUGCCGCUGUCGACGUGAAGCUGGCAGCUCGUCGGCCUCCCUUGGCUAUAACCUCAGUCACUGCCCCUUUCUAUGCUCCUGUCACAGAUAGUUUCAGCUCGAUCUCCAAGUAUCUACCCUCUUACUUGGUUGGAACUACAUCCGGCGAGAAGAAAGCUGCUCGUCCAGGUGUGAUUCGUUUACCUAGUGGGAUUGAGAUGUCGGGACCAAGUGGAGAAGAGAGAUUGGAAGGUACGCGGGGCGAACGCAGGUUUUCAGCGUUAAACCCUCACGGCAAUGUCGAUUUUUACCUGCCGUCAGCAGGUGUGAGCGAAUACUUAGACAUGAUCACUGCUCAUCUGUCUUACUGGACUGAUCCUUCCUUCGCGGCUUUCCUUCUUGCCGAAAUAUUCUCUACGCGUUUGGACCUGAUGAGAACAGGUAUGGGAUUGGCUGAGCAGGUGAUGCCAGAGGGUACGGCAUAA